AUGGUAAGGUCCCGGAUGCGAGCCGGGGAGAUCACAGGCUUUGAGCAGGUCGCCCACCCCUAUAAUCUUCGAUAUGCUGGAGAUAAGGCUUUCAACAACAGUGGAGAAAGAGGUUACGGACGAAUCUCCAGAACGUCAUGCUCCAGCACUAAGAUAUUCACUCCUUUGUCAAACAUUAUCAGGCAGAUGUUGACGUUGAUGCGCAUGGCAUUGUCCGGAAAACAGGCUCACAAACACAAAGAAUCACGGUCCCUCAACUAUCGCCCAGUUGUCUCUGACAGGCAGGAUACAGUCAAGAAGCACAAGCGAGAGUUGGAAUAUCGUGAAGCUGAGUCAGAACGUGUCAACAAGCUUGAUCACGAAACACUCGCUGAGCCCAACCCUAAGGUGCUGGAGAAACUGGAACUUUUCCGCCAUCGGACAGCAGAAACAAAGGCAGAGUACAACAGGGCUAUCCGUGAGCUGCGUAACGAGAAGCAACGGCACCGGAACCGACGGAUCCAUGAGAAUUUUGAGCGUUACAAGAACGAGCAGCCUGUAAUUUACCUAGAACGACAGUUGGCAGGGAAGCUGGUGGAAAACAAAAGUCAUGAACACUUUUGA